AUGGUUGCCCUCGCCAAGCUCACGAAUGUGACAUCGACACCCUACGAAUGCCCCACGAUUGAGUCGCAGCAAGCGUCAGAAUCAUGGCGUUCUUUAUUGCCAACCGAUGGCCCUAAGGAUCCGCCUACCCAGAAGGGCAUGUCGACGCUAUCCAUACCGACACAAAGAGAAUAUGAUCCUGAGAGUUGGCGCAGUUUGAUCGCUGGACAUGUCGAGACAAGUGAACCACAGAAUAUCUUCCUCGACCCGAACGAUAUCACAGGUCACUCUGAAUCCUCACACAUUGAUGACAACGAAGAAAUAUCGCCUGUGUUCGGACGCCGCGCUGAUUUAUUUGUUCGCCGCCCCUCGCCGUCGUUGUCCGUGCAUGCACCAUUGGACAAGUUGCGGUCACGACAAUCAGUCACGGAUCCAGGACCAUUUUCCUCGUCGCCUAAGCAUUUUGACAUGACUGAUUAUGCCUCGCAUGCGAACGAUAAAUUGCAGCGACACUCGACAGACGCCUCUUUCGAUGGCAUAGAAACAUUGGAGGGUGCGCGAGCUGAUGUCAAUGCCGAACUCUCUCUUUCCACAACAUCCUGUGAUUUUGGCAAUGAUCGAGAGAGCUGGCCAACCAGCUCCCGACAGGGUGCACAUUUGUCUGGGAGUAGCCAAUGGCCUCCUAUGGCUACUCCGAGACCAGUGUCGGCACGAGUGGUGAGCGAAUUGGACCGGAGUUUUUCAGAUCCGAUGGACAUGCUGUCCAAAGAGAAUCUACCCAAUAUCUCUACAGGCGCACCCACCUCAGCGGUCCAAAUCCACAAACCCAGCCUUUCACAAAUCGAUACGACGCGCCCAUCAUCUCCUCAAACUAAAGAGUCCACAAGUCACACGUUAGGGAAAAGCCAUGAUGACCGCAUCACCGUAUCUACUUCCCACGACGCCUAUACCGUUGUAAAUGUAUAUGCCUGGAUUCAGCCUUGA